AUGCGGCUAUCGCUCCUCAUCGCGGCCCUCGCCGUCCUCAUCCCGGUGUACGCCGGCUUCUUCAGUGUCACAAGCUACUGCAAAUGCAUCUGCUUCUCCAACUCGACAAUCGUGGCACUCGACCGGCCAAACGUCGACCUCUCCAAGCCAUGUCUGAGCUGCACCCGACAGUUCUGCCUCGACCUCAAGCUUCCGAUCUGUAAGGGCGCGACCGUCCCCGAACUCGACACAGACACAGGCACUGGAACAGAGGGUGACGUCGAAGCGCGGUGUUUCAAACGCGACAGUCCCCGCGACCAGAUCAUCGUCACGUCCUUCCUCUUUCUCGUCGUGGGGAUGCUGCUAUUUGCGGCGGUGCGGGCGAAACUCCAGCGUGCCAUCCAGACACGUGGCCAGCCGACUGACCUGCGCGAAUGGGGCGAGGCUCUGCUUCCCGAUGCGCUGCAAGCGCGGAUUCUGGGUUACCAGCGCCAGAGGGAGAUGGCCGCACAUGGGACCUAUGCGCCUGUUAGUGUUGGGAGCUAG